AUGCCUCCAAAGCAACAAAUCUCCAAAGCUGCUAAGGCUGCCGCCGCUAUGGCCGGUGGUAAGAAGUCUAAGAAGAAGUGGUCCAAGAAAUCCCACAAGGACAAGGCUCAACACGCCGUCAUCUUAGACCAAGAAAAAUACGACAGAAUCAUGAAGGAAGUCCCAACUUUCAGAUACGUCUCUGUCUCUGUCUUAGUUGAAAGAUUAAAGCUUGGUGGUUCCAUGGCCAGAGUUGCUUUAAGAGACUUAGAAGCUAAGGGCAUCAUUAAGCCAGUUUCCAAGCACUCUAAGCAAGCUAUUUACACCAGAGCUACUGCUUCUGAAUAA